GCCGUUCUGGAGGUCCUUUGUCGCCUAUUCCUUCCUUCCUCCCUUCCCUCUCGUCUCUUUUUCAAAAAUCUCUGACUCUGUCUUCUUCCUGUGUGUGUGUGUGUGUACGCUUGUGCUUCAGCUCCGGUGCAACGACGCCGGAAUUGCUGUCCAGUGCAUCGAUGGCAAUGAAUGUUCGUUCGUUCUUUCCAUUUCUGAUGGUUUCGAGGCACGAGAAGACGAUUUCGGACAGAGGGCGAGGGAUGUUGCGUCUUGGUCUGGGGGCGACCUGAGCGGAAGGGAGGCAAAGGUAUCGGAAGGGAAUGAAUGCAAUGGUGAGGCCCACUCAAUGACGCGGAUUGAAGCUUGUUCAUCCGGGGCCGGGCCACCUCCUUCGAAGCGUCUGCGCCUGUCCCGGAAUCGCCAAGCGUGCAGCAGCAAGAGAACUCCUUUGGAGUCGUUGGAUCUUCGCGCUACACCUGAUCAGAUUGAAUCUCCCUCGGAACAUCAGUCAAUUGCAGGGUCCGUUGACAAAGAGCAGGUUCCCCCGACUUCUCACUCGAAUCAAGAAGUUCCUGGAGUCUCGUCUAAUCGUUGUGAAGAAUUGGAGCAACGUAUCGGUGAUGUUCAAACCGAUGGCGCUCCAUCAUCGCAUAGUGCUGGCAGUACCAUCCCAGGAGCUCCAUGUAGCAACCUCCAGCUGAUUUCACAACUUGGGGAGGACUCAGCACGGUGGUCUUCUUGCAUAAUAGAAGCAAAUAGCUGCUCGAACAAUGUGCUGUCCCGGAGAAUUGGGGGAAAUGGAGAAACAUUGGCCUCUAGCUCUCAUGCUGAGUAUCCUUUUGUUGAAACUCGUCGCUGCUCCAGCCUAGUAGAUACUGAAGUUGUGGUGACAAGAAGUUCUCCGACAAGGAGGCCUGUAGCUGAUGAAGGAUUAGGAAGCUCAGAAUUCGUGAAUUCAGCACAAGAACGGCCGUCCGAAACCAUUCAGACUUCCGACUGUUGUCAGACUCCAUUUGCAGAUCCCAAUUUCAUAGUCCAUGGAGAACAGAAGCAAGCUGAAGUGGAAGCCCGAGCUGCGGAAUUGUUGCCUUGCUCUUCACGACCGGUGGCUGAGACUUCGGUAUCUAUUCCGCAGCUAACUCCAGCAGAAGGCGAUUCAGCAUGCAGAGAGGAACUAGGUCGUCAGGUGAUUGUAGAGGAGGAUCGUAUUGUUCCUCAAUCAUAUCACGAAGUAGGGUGUUCUUCUCACUCUAUACAAGUGACCGAUGGUAAUCAUCACGAAGUAAUUACGCCAAAUGAGGACGGCACCUUGCUACGGACUAGUGAAAUAACUGAAGAACCUGAUUGUUUUCAAAUGAGUCAGCGUGAAAAUGAUUUGGCGUCUGACACUGGAGGACUGCUUGUUUUUGGGUCCGAUCAGCGACUGGAUGAGACCUCUGAUAGAGCUCUGACUUCACAUGAGAACUUGAGUGUAGAUGAUGUCGCAGCAAACACAUUGCAGACGGGUAUUUCCCUUGAAGCAAAUGAGACACCUACAGCAACUUCAGACCGUGUAGUCAUUAGUCACCAGGUGGCCGUCGGGCUUGAUUCCACACAUACUCAGACACCUUUCGAGGGAAGGACUUUGUCUGGUUUCAACCCACAAAUGGUUGUGAGUCCCGGUGAAAUCAUGGAAUCAACCGAGGAAGACCUCACGGCAGGAGAUGUUGCCAACAUAUUGACACGUACUGGCAGAAUCGUGCAAGCCAUUGAGGCUUAUUCUAGAAGCCCGGAUCAUCUUGUCAGUGAGGAACGUGUGGAGGCUACUCACGAUACGAGGAACACAGAAGUGCAUUUUCAAGCAGAGCUCAUGUCUCCCCAACUGAUGGGUGAGAAUACCGCCGGAGCUUUGGAGUCAACCAGGGAGGUAACUGCAGAAGAUGUAGCAAAUAUAUAUGUGCAAGCAGGUGCUAUAGUUCUGGCCGCAAAUAAUUGGCUCGCUCUGUCAGAUUCGGCAAGACAACGAGCUAUAGAAAAUAUCAAUAUCAAUGCCAAUUGGGGAAGUUUACUGCAAGAGAACUUGCCCAGAGAAGCAUCAGUGCCAGAUGUACAACACGAACCUGUACUAUUAGGUAACAGUGUUAAGGUGAAUCACAAGCAUUCGGACGAAACUGCCGAUCAAUCAGGUUCACGAACCCAAGAACCAAGUGUCACAGACGGCCUGGCCUGCCCCAUAUGCAUGGAACCUUGGACGAAUACGGGAGAGCACCGAAUCUGCUCACUUGCAUGUGGACAUCUGUUCGGAAAGUCAUGCAUCAAACGAUGGAUCAAACAAGGUGGAAGAAGGCUUAGCAAGUGUCCUCAUUGCAAUAAAAGAGCAAAAGUGGAAGAUCUACGGAAUAUAUACGUGCCUCACAUUGCCGUCACCGAUGGACAAGGCUACGAAAUGGCUCAGGAAGUCAAGCGCUUGAAAUCCGAAAAUGAGGAGCUAAAGCGGAUGAAUGCUGAGCUACAAAUGGAGAUGGAUCGGUUGCUUCGUUCCGAGCAGGCCACAACCCCAAGUGUUCUACAGAAGGUUGAAGUGAACAGAUCCGACGACCUGGCGAAUGCUAGAAGACGACAGUCAUCUCUCCAAACAUUUUACGGGAGAAACGAGAGAAGACGGUCCUCUGUCAGAAGUUAUGAGGAACAUUGGCUCGAUGGAGGACACCCGAAGGGGCAGACUGGAGGUCACCGUUCGAGUUCCUCACUUGCAAGCAUUGGAAAUCGUGGUCUUGGAGAGAAUUUCAUUCUACAGGAUGAAAUACAUCUGCUUGGAGCGAAAGUCUUCGACAUGGAUGCUUACAGCCAGAUGGGAUUAGUCUCCAACAAAGCUUCAAAUCAUGGCAGCACUUUUGGACUGACCAGAAUAAGCUUGAUUACUCUGUCAGAAGUGCAGUAUCUAAGUCUUCCACCUGGACUUGGGGCUAUUCGCGACGUUCGCUUCUCUCCCUCGGGAAAGCUUGCUUUAGUUUCUUCUCUUGGAAAACGACUCUCUCUUUAUAGCUUGGAGAGCAACAACAUUGUGAUCAACUACGCACUGCAGAGUGCUCCUUGGUCAUGCGCUUGGGAUCCCAGUGUACCAAACCAAGUAUACGCUGGCUUACAGAAUGGUUCUUUGCUCAUAUUCGACUUGAGGCAGACAUCAUCUCCCAUCGCCUCAGUCAACGGCUCCAGCACCCGUCCCGUGCAUACCCUCCAAAGUGUUCAAAGUCAGACGAGAAAAGGCAUAUUGAGUGCUUCAAGCAGUGGUGCUUACUUCUGGGAUAUGGGCGCGACAGCUGCUUUAGCUGAGAUUCAAAGGCCGCAGUGCAUAUCAGAAGAUUACAGAGAGAAACUGUGUGUUUCUCUUGCUUAUGCGCCAUGCCUCAAAACGGCUGUAGCAUCGUUCAGGCCGUCACCUUUGGCCCACAGUGAGGCUUCCUCUUCAGCGAAUGCAUCAAUUCAGGCGGACUUUCUAAGCCAGCCUUGUACUACAGCACGUAGGUCGCUAGAACCUGUUUCCUCUACACAGACAUCUACACAAGACCAUCCCUCGCAUUGCGUUUUUAGCAGUCGAUUUGAGGACUCGUUGUCAGAAUCUACUGCAGGAGGAAAGGUUGGUCGACGCGAGUGGAGAUGGGAAGGAGGAAAGACGAUGGUUGGUCAUAAGAGUACCAGUGUCAUGCCACGGUCUGCCAUAAUUGUGGAACCGAUGUCUGGUAUAAGCCUUAGAACAUCAUUUGCUUGUGGGGACGAAGGUACGAAUGCUGUGUGGUUGUGGGACAUGAACACGCUCAGCGUCACACAGACACUCGUUCCCCACCAGUCUCCAGUGCUAGAUGUAAAAUAUGUGGAUAUCGGAGAAAGAAUUUUAAUGGGCUGUAUUAGUGAGAAAACUUUUCAGCUCUAUAGACGGCCCCCGUCAACGGUGUAACGAGGAAACCUCUGUCAAUAAUCAGUCCAAGUCUACACGAAACGAGCCAUUCACGCUUAUUUGCAUCAUUCGUUAGUCUCGUCUUGCUUGGACCAAUUCUUGUUCCGUCUGUUGAAUCGUCGGAGUCCCAUAGCCACUUCUUCGAUUUCAUGGUGCUUCGAUUGAAUGCGCAAGAAGUCUGCCAUGUCCACGAUUAAUGAGAGGAUUCUGCGCAAGGGUGAAACCUGCUC